ACAGUUUUGUCGUCUUCUUCAGUGCGAGCGAGAGAGAUCGUACGAAUCGUUUCUGCAGGGGAAGGGUCAUGGAACUGUACAUAUUGUUUGACCCACCGAGAAAACAUGAGCACGAAUCGAGGCUUAGCAAGUUCAUUUCCUCACAAAAAACCCUAACUCCCCCUCGGCUCUGUUCUUCACCGCCGUGUAGAAAUUUUGAUCAGGGUUUUGAGUAGAUUCUGUUAUGGCCUUGAUACGCACGUUGUCACUCAGAUCUUUGUUCAGUGCUCGUUGCUACCAACCAUCUUGCACUGGUAUCAUUCUUCGUGACAAUGAACAUGGAAAGAAGCCAAAUUACGGCUCUUUUUUUCAUCAGAGAUCCUUUACCAGCUCUAUUCUCUCUCAGCUGCUCAGAAGCUCUUCUUCACAUUUCUCUCUACGCCCUCCUUUUGGUGUCUCUAUCUAUCCUCGCUCUAUGUCGACUUCUCAUGUUCCAGGCUCAGAUGUGAAUGGUCUUGCUGGAACUACUAUAGAUUCGGUGGUGGAACAUGUGGCUUCGCUGACAACUAGUCAUCAAAGUUUCUGAUGCUGCUAUUAAUCCUGUGGUCCAUUUUGAUGUUGUCCAGAAGAUCAUUAACAACCCCGCUCAUGAUUUAUAUCCAAAAAUGGAGGCUACACAGAUAUGGUAUCGGAACAGUAGGCAACAUGCUUGUUUAAAGGCUACACAAAUUUAAAAUUAACAAUAUAUCUCCCAAGAUUUGUCCUUUCUUUCACAACCAUCGACUUGAGCCUAUUAUCGAAGUUGCUGAGUGUUUGGAUGAUUCUAAUUUCUAGCUAUCACGCAUUGCAUUAACCUAUAGCUUUGGAUGCAAGUGUUUUUAUGAUGGGCAAUCAUACUUUACGUCUUUCUUGUGUGCUACAUGCAGAAUCAGUUUGCUCUUAUUCUCUUCUUCUUUUUUUUUAACUACUGUUUGAUACCCCAGAUGCUAAGAGAACACGUUGCAGCAUACGUGGAGAUUCAUGAUGAGGAAGGGGAUCCAGCUGCUCUUGCUAGACAUCUCAGAGAGAUCGACAAUUUGUUGGACGAGUUUGGUGGUCUCUAUAGUGGUACUCGUAUUCUUUGUUUUUCGCGGGAUGCGAAGAUUAUUUUAGGGUUACAGAGUUGGGCGUUUUGCUGCAUGGGCCUAACAAUCAAUAAAAUGGCAGAGAAAGUAGCAUCCUUUAAAACAGGCGGUGCACUAUGGUUCACUGAUCUUACAACGGCUGAUACAUCAUUCAUCUUCCCACUUCUAACAGGAUUGACUUUCUGGAUUGCAGUAGAGUGUGAUGCAAUCGCAGGUUUUGAAGGAUUAAUGCUCCCCAAACAUUGGACACGGAUGUGGAUCAUUCCCAUGUUUGUUAUGGGAAUAUUUUUUUCAAAGGUGAAGUUCUAACUUUUUUACCACGUAGGGAAUUUGAUUAAACUCAGAACAGAUGAUGAUGUUAAUUGUGUGUAAGUUGCAGGCUGUACAUUGCUAUUUGAUAAGUUGCAUGCUGUUCUCCAUUGCGUUUAUGCACGGUAUGUUGCUGAGGUUGCUAUAUCUAUCUGAUCUAUCUCUUUUGUGUGUAGUGAUUCGCUGUCCUGGAGUGAAGAAGCAUUAAGGCAUUCCAGAGAUCCCUAAAUAUUUGGCUAUAAUGUUGAACAAGAAGAACUUUUGAAUGUAGGCAAGAAAGACGCAUGAGUUUUGUGUAAUCGACUGACCAAAAAAGUUUUUGUUUAGCAGUGUUUGUGGCAUUUAUUCACAGUUUGUAAGAUAUUUUCUUAAACUAAA